GUAGAGCUGACGCGGAGGACCUCUUGAUAAAAAAAGUAAGGGAGCAGUCAAAAACACUGGCGAAAUAUUUUAAUUGAAUGUAUAUAUUCACACCGUGUUUAUUUUCUAUCUGAAGUAGUCGCUGUCUGUCGAUACGUACACUUGUUCGUGUCGUGUAGUUUUUGUCGCCUGUCAGAUUCAGCCUGGCACUGGCCGAACUGGGGUGGGAUGGCAGACGAGGCUCUUUUCCAGUUCCUGCACAGUGAAAUUAUUCAGUAUGUCAACGGUGUAGAAUGCGGGGAGUCGGAAAAUGGACGAUGCGUUUCUAAACUUGAGAAUAUGGGGUUUCGUGUGGGACAAGGACUUAUUGAAAGGUUUACCAAAGACACGCCACGUUUCAAAGAUGAGCUUGAUGUCAUGAAGUUUAUCUGCAAAGAUUUCUGGACCAGUGUUUUUAAGAAGCAAAUUGACAACCUGAGAACCAAUCACCAGGGUAUUUAUGUGCUACAAGAUAAUAAGUUCCGCUUGCUGACCCAACUGUCUGCAGGCAAACAGCAUCUAGAACAUGCACCGAAGUUUUUGGCCUUCACCUGCGGCCUGGUCCGGGGAGCACUUUCAAAUAUUGGUGUUAAAAGUAUCGUCACUGCAGAAGUGUCUGUCAUGCCAGCCUGUAAAUUCCAGGUGAUGGUCCAGAAGAUGUGAUGGACAACACAAAGAGCAUAUUGUUCAUAACAUUUAGUUUUAAUUGCCUUUCAUUUUAAUUGCUGAUGACACUAUGAUUUUUAUUUGCAUUAACUAAUUGCAUCAAAAGUGUUUUGACAUGUAGAUGUCAAGCCUCAUUGUAUUGUAUUAUGUCCGUUUUUUACAUCCCCUGUGCACACUGUAUUUUGUUAUUUCAUUUUGCACUGAUAACAUUAAAAUCUGAAAUCCUGGAAUGA